AUGCCCUUCGCGCCAAUCUCGCUCGACGAGAUGAACAAGGAGGUGCUCGCGUGGGACAUCUACCAGAUGCUCGCCGGUGGGCCGCUCUACGAUGUCAAAAAGGUCCCGGUCCGCUUCACCUCCAUAGACCAGUACCUCGACAUCUUUGAGCCGCUGCUGCUCGAGGAGUGCCGCGCCCAGAUCCUGCGCUCGAUGGGCGAGUCGGAGCCGGCGCCGCACCACCUCAAGCUCCUCUCAAUCGAGCAGAACGAGCCCUUCCGCCUGAUGCGCUUCCAGCCGCCGCCGCCGCCCGAGGGAGGCAAGCCGCACUUCUUCGAGACGGACAUCGUGCUCGUCUCGUACGAGCCGCUCGACAUGGACGCGGCCGCCAAGCGCGGCGACGGCGAGGACGAGGACGAGCCCUCCACCGGCGGCGACUUUCACGCGCUCGGGCUGGUCGCGUCGGGCGGCGGCUCAGAGCAUCUGUCGAUCAAGCUGCACCUUCCGUCGCAGCGGACGGCGCGGAUGCCGCAGGCGCAGUUCAAGCGGCUCUCGAUGCUGCACCGCGUGAUGGUCCCCUCCUCGGGCCACUGGUACGUGCAGAAGCUGGGCAACAUGAUCGUCUGCACCACCCUCUCGUGCGCCGGCUACGCCAUGUUCAACUCGCUCAAGAGCGGGUUCGACACGGUGCUCGUCGACGAGGCGGCGCAGGCGGUCGAGGUUGCGACCCAGCAAAACUACGAGCAGUCUCUCUUCCAGCGGCUGCAGCGCGGCGGCCAGCAGGUCGCCCUCCUGCAGACGCAGUACCGCAUGCACCCGCGCAUCUCCUCCUUCCCGCGCGCCGCCUUCUACGACGGCGUCCUUCGCGACUCGCCGCACCUGGCAGAGAUGCCGCCGCAGCCGUGGCACGAGGUGCGCGUCCUCGCGCCGUACCUCGUGCUCGACGUCGCCGACGGCCGCAGCGACGGGUGCGCGCGGGGGCCGUGCCGCGCGACCGAGAAGCAGUCCUCGUGGCUCAACGAUCUCGAGGCGCAGCUUGCCCUCGAGAUCGUCCGGCUGCUGCUCGCAAGGCACUCUGCCGACCUGCAGCCCGCCUCAAUCGGCAUCAUCUCGCCGUACAACGCGCAAGUGCGGCACAUCCGGCGAGUCCUCGCCGAGGCGCUCGGCGCCGAGACGGCGGCGGCGCUCGAGGUGAACUCCGUCGACGGCUUCCAGGGGCGCGAGAAGUCGGUGAUCCUCCUCUCGACGGUGCGGUCGGACUUCGGGCGGGAGCGCGGCCUCGGCGUGGGGUUCGUCAAGGACGAGCGGCGGAUCAACGUCUCGAUGACGCGCGCGAAGCACUCGCUCCUCAUCCUCGGCCACGCCGCCACGCUGCGCCAGGCGCCCAUCUGGGAGCGGCUGAUUGACGACGCCAAGGAGCGCGGCUGCCUGCUCAAGGCAACCUCGCCCCUCUCGGUCUGGUUCGAGACGGCGAGCAAGCAGCGCGCCAAGGAGUGCGGCAAGCCGGCGUCGAGCGGCGGCGCGAAGCGCGCGCCGCCAAAGGUGGAGGCGGCGGCGGAGGGGGGGCGCGUGGAGGCCGAGGCGCCGGCGCGAUCGCCGAGCGGGAGAGCAGCAGCAGCAAAGUCGACGAGGUCGCCGAGGAGGAGGCGCACCUAG